AUGGAUCUCAUCUUCUCUGCUGUCAAUUGCCUUUAUUCCUUAAUCCCAUUGCUCAUUUUCUUUUGUAUUCAUCUUCGUUCUAAACAACCAGCUUCCCCUAAAGGAUGUCGCCGCCUCGGUCUCUCCGCAGACCGCAGCAAUAUUCAAGAUGAAUAUGAUCCCAAAUACAGCCAGGGUGUACCCAAAUCCCAACCCGACGCUGAGGAGCGUCCCGCCUGGCAUAUCAAGGCUCUAUUCACGUAUCCGAUCAAAAGCUGCACCGGCGUCGAGUUAGAUGUUGCCGAUGUUGUCCCCACCGGACUGCAAUACGACCGACAAUUCUGCUUCGCCGAGUACAUGACACCCCAGCCCGGGUCUACUGGCAGUUCAGCGCCGGCAAAACCGCACUGGACGGCGCGCACAAUGCGCGAAGGCCCCUUCUGCCGCUUAGCGCUGAUUCGCCCCGAGAUUUGGGUCCCAGACCCGACAGCUCACGACUACCAUGCGGAACUCGAGGAGGUGAGAUCGCAAGGCGUGUUGAUCAUCAAGUACCCACGUCCAUCUAGCAGCGGAUUCCUCUUCUACCUCAGGAAACUGGCCAUCUUUCUCGACAUUAUCCCAUCUCAACUCUCUUUCCGUGUCCCGUUAUACCCCCCUGCAUCCUGCCUGAAUACGUAUCCUUCCACCCCGGUCAAAGUCUGGAAGGAUGCCCCAUUUGCCUUCGACUACGCGCAACAUGUCCCUUCUUCCCUUCACGAUUUUCUGUGUCCAUCAGAUCCAUCUUCCCCUCCCCGCGGCCCGGUCACUCUCUUUCGAGUCGAUCCGUCCCACCACAGAGAAAUCUUUCGCUGCGCGCCACGCAAAGAGGAGCUAGGCUUCCAGACCGUUACCGGCUUCGCAGACGCCUACCCACUGCAUCUAUUGAAUUUGGCGAGCGUGCAAGACGUGGCAACCAGGUGCGCGGAGUCGAUCCCGCGGCUCUCGAUCCGCCGAUUUCGAGCGAACAUUAUCACCCAAGGCCCGGAGUCGUACGCGGAAGAUGAGUGGAAGCGCAUCUUGAUAUCACCGAGAUCAUCAAAUAUCAUCUCAAAAUCUCACGAUCAAUCACAAAUCUCAAAUCGAAACGCCGAGGGUCCGUGCGCGGGCGUAGAGAUCCACACGGUCUGCCGUACCAUGCGUUGUAAGCUUCCUAAUGUCGACCCGGACACCGGCAUUCGACAUCGCAAUGAACCCGAUCGCACGCUCAAGUCCUAUCGUUGCAUUGAUCCCGGUGAUUAUACGAAUGCGGCGCUGGGUAUGCAGCUUGUUCCGGCUGUUCAAGAAUUCACCCUCUCAGUUGGGGACACCGUGUCUGUCCUGGAAACGGGAGAGCAUUUCUAUAUCAAGAUGUUAGCGCCGGGGGAGAAGGUCGAGGGGGUCUAA